CGCUCGGGUCGGCUGCGUCCGCGGAGUCCUCAGGGUGCUGUCAGGCAGGGCCGGUGCUGGGGCUGGGAAGGCCAGGCCGGCGCUGCGAGCGGGUGGGUCUUGCAGCGUGAAGACUUAAAUCCAAGGUGAUGGCAAAACAUCUGAAAUUCAUUGCCAGGACUGUGAUGGUACAGGAAGGAAAUGUGGAAGCUGCAUACAGGACGCUUAACAGAAUCCUCACAAUGGAUGGGCUCACAGAGGACAUCAAGCGACGACGAUAUUAUGAGAAGCCUUGUCGCCGCCGACAACGGGAAAGCUAUGAGACCUGCCGGAGGAUUUACAACAUGGAAAUGGCUCGAAAAAUCAACUUCUUGAUGCGAAAGAAUAGGGCAGAUCCAUGGCAGGGUUGCUGAGCUUGUGGGUAGGAAGCCUACAUCUACUUGGUGCCUCCAUCCCUUUUCUUUCUCCAGCCUCACUUUUUGUUACCUUUCUCUACAAUAAACUACAAUAAACUCAAUCAUGUGUAUGCAAGAAGGCCUGGGUGUAUAGAAACAAUCCCAUUAAGCAACAAUGGACCCUCAUUUUUAUUAAGAAAAAUAGUCCAGAAGUAGUCCUCGAGUAGAAAGGGGGUUGCUAAGGGCUAGGGGAGUAUGAGGGUGGAAGUUACUGUUCAGUGGAUACAGAGCUUGAGUUGAUGAAGAUAAAAAAAGUCUGAAGAUAAACUGGAAGUGGCGCUGUAGCUCAAGUGGUAAAGCGCUCGAUUUGAGCUGAAGAGCUGAGGGACAGCGCUCAGGCCCAGAGUUCAGGCCCAUGACAGACAGAAGAAAAAAAAAGUCUGAAGUGAUGGCUACAGAAAAAUGUGAAUGUAUGUAAUGACACUUAUCUGUACACUUACUUAAAUCAGUAAAUUUUAUGACUAUUACAACUUAAAAACAUUUUAAGCCUAGAAGACAAGAGGAAAAUUUCCAAAAUAUAUGUAGCUAUACAACUA